CAAAAAAAUCUUGUGUGAUACGAAUACUGAUGGUGGAGGGUGGAUCAUUAUGGUGCGACGUAUUAAAGGUGAUGUCAACUUCACCAGAAACUGGGAGGAAUAUAAGUGGGGAUUUGGUUCUUUUGGCGGCGACUUUUGGCUGGGGAAUGAGUUGGUUGCGACCAUAACUUCAGAGGGUAACUUUGAGUUGAGAGCUGAUAUGCGCUACAAAGACAAAUCUUACUACGCCAUCUACGACAGUUUUAAAGUAGAGAGUGAAGCGGAUAGAUACAGAUUGAGGAUAGGGAACUACACGGGCGAUGCUGGGGACUCGCUUAAAGAUCACCAAAAAGACAGAGUGUUUUCUACUUUUGAUAAGGAUCGGAGCUAUAGCCAAUGUCCACUAAUUCACAAAGGUGGUUGGUGGUACCAUAAUUGCCACCUUUCCCACCCCACAGGUGUGUGGAAAGCUAAAGCUUCCAGUGGACUGAUCUGGUAUCAUAUCACUGGGCUAAGAGAUUCUGUUGACGAAAUAGAAAUGAAGUUUAGAAGGAAAUAACAUGUAUUUCAUAUCAAACUGUUCGUGAAACGAUAAAUAAAACGCCUGCAU